GACCCUAAAGAACUUACGUAUUUCGAUUAUAUACCUGUGGCUGUGGGGGAAGUUGAUUAUAUAGAUGGGUAGAUUUUUUGUGUAUAUAAGGGACACAAGUGUACGAGCUAGGAUAUAGGACUAAACUACAAACUUUCCUGAGAAAGCGAAGGCAGGCUUGUUAUAUACUAGAUUACCAGUGUUACAAGCCCACCGAUGAUCGAAAGCUCAGCACAGAGCUAUCCGGAAAAAUAAUCAGACGAAACAAGAACUUGGGCCUCGACGAGUUCAAGUUCUUGUUGAAAGUCAUUGUCGGCUCCGGCAUUGGUGAAGAAACUUAUGGGCCGAGAAUGGUGUUCCAUGCCCGCGAAGAUAGCCCUACGUACGAAGAUGGAAUUCUAGAGAUGGACGAGUUUUUCCACGAUAGCAUUGAUAAACUCUUGGCCAGAACCGGAGUUUCUCCUCAAGAUAUUCAUGUUCUUGUCGUCAAUGUUGCAUGUAUAACUACAAUCCCUUCGUUGGCUUCGAGAAUCAUCAAACGUUACAAGAUGAGGGAAGAUGUUAAGAUUUAUAAUCUCACUGGAAUGGGGUGCAGUGCAAGUCUUAUAUCUAUUAACAUUGUUGAGAGUAUCUUCAAGUGUCAAGAAAAUGUGAAUGCACUUGUCGUGGCCUCGGAGUCUUUGAGUCCGAACUGGUAUACUGGAAACGACAAGUCCAUGAUCCUUACAAACUGCCUGUUCAGGGCAGGCGGCGUGGCGAUACUUUUAACAAACAAAAAGAGUUUGAAAGACAGGGCAAUGUUCAAGUUGAAGUGUCUGGUUCGGACACACCAUGGUGCACGAGACGAGGCCUACACGAGUUGUAUACAAAUGGAGGAUGAGCAUGGACGAGUCGGAAUUAACCUCAGUAAGAAUCUCCCCAAGGCGGCCACUCGCGCAUUCAUAGAAAACCUCAGACUCAUAUCUCUGAAAAUAUUACCACUGAGGGAAAUUUUAAGGUACGCAUUGCUUUCAUUUGUGGGAAAAUUUGUGAUGAUAAACUUCAAGACGGGAGUGGAUCACUUCUGCCUACACACGGGGGGGAAGGCGGUGAUUGAUUCGAUUGGGAAGAGCCUGGGACUAAGUGAGUAUGAUCUGGAGCCGGCAAGAAUGACACUCCACAGGUUCGGUAAUACUUCAGCAAGCAGCAUUUGGUAUGUGUUAGGAUACAUGGAAGCGAAAAAAAGGUUUAAAAGAGGUGAGAAGGUAUUUAUGAUCAGUUUGGGGGCGGGGUUCAAGUGUAAUAGUUGUUUGUGGGAAGUUGUACGAGACUUGGAUGGUGAGAAUGGUAAUUGUUGGAAUGAAUGUGACAUUGAUAAAUACCCACCAACAAGUUUCUCUAAUCCCUUCAUGGACAAAUAUGGUUGGCUCAAUCACAAGGAUGAAACCACAUUCGAUCGUAAUGAUUUCGAAUAAUUUCGUAUCACCCUCUGAUGAUUAAGGUGUCGAUGUUUUCAUGAUCAGUUCUUCCUCCUCCAUUCAAAUAUCUGCACGAUUGAAUAGCCCAAGUGGUGGGUUUAUCCUUUGUUGUCCCGGAAAUCCGGAUUCGGAUACUCAUUUGUAAGGCAUAUAAGCCUAAAUUGUCAGAAAAAAAAUAUAUCUAUAUUGCCAUUUCUUAAUUGUGCUGCAGUUUGUUGUAACUUGUAAGAUAUUGAUUCUCGUUUGUUUUCA